AUGCACUGGCGCAGCGAAAAGGGACGGACUUUGUCCGCUCCCUCUGGUGGCGGAGGGCGCGAGGAGGGGGGGGGCGGCGGGGAGAAGAAGGGCGAAGGCGGCCGAAAGGCAGGAACGGCCAUCGACCGCGACCCCUGGCUGCCGUCGAGCUCCUACCCAGGUUCUUCUUCGUCGAGUUCCUCCCGGUCGUCGCCGUCGGGGAGCUUCUCGCGGACGUCUUCCUUCUCCUCCACGCGCCACUCGUCUUCACACUCUUCUUCCCGGUCGAGUUCGUCGUUUUCAUCGCGGCCACCUUCCUCCUCUUCAUCUUCUUCCUCUCCAUCUUCUUCGUCCUCUUCUUCCUCCUCUCCUUCCUCAUCUUCCAGCGGCGCCGCGUCUCGGUCUGGGGGAUUCGCCUCUUCUCGCGCGUCGCCUCUGCCGCAUCCUGCGGUUCGGCGGGGCUUGUCGCCCUCCCCGGCGCAGUCGCCAGGGGGCGGCCUGCGGGCUGGGAGCCGUGACUCUCAGGCCUCGUCGCCUGCGAAGCCUGUCGCCUCUUCCUCGGGAGCGAGUCUGCACCACGCGGCCUCCACCGCCCCCCCGGGCUUCUCCUCGUCGCAGCGGCCGCCUGCCGCCUCCGCGGGUUCCGCGUCCGCUUCGCGGUCGGUCUUGCAGGCGUCGCCCGCGGGGAGCCCGGCGUCGCGACGGGAGCGCGAAAGAGGCAGGAAGGCGGAGUCCCCGCCGCGUGCCGACGCCCCGCUGUGGGCAGCUGAGCGGUGCGAAGAUGGACGCAGAGGAGAGGAAGGCGGCAAGCGGCGCCGCGAGCCAAGCGAACGCAGCGAGCGCCGACGGCGGGAAGAGGAGCGAGAGAAGAAACGGCAGGGGGACCGGGACAGCCGGCGACGAGACGAAGAGCCUCGAGGCGACCGGCGUCGCAGAGAGGGAGAGAACGAAAAAGACGACAGAAGAAGCGCGGGCGGAGACGCGGCGCGCGAAAGCGGGCAGGAAGCGGCGGCACCCGCCGCGGAAGGCGCUGAAGAAGCGAAAGGCGACGCCAAAGGUGAACUUAAAGGUGACGCGAAAAUCGACGAGCCGGCGCUAGGAGCGACGUCAGGAGGUACCGCGGAAGAGGCGCGAGGCGAACCGACGAGGGAUGAGGCCAGCAGCAGCGCGAGUGACACGGUCACAAUGAAAAAGAGGAAGACGGAGAAAGAGAAAGACGAACGCGGCCGCCCAGCUCUCUCCGCGGUGGAGUCGAAGGAGCCCAAGGCGCUGGCGGUCAACCAGUGGAUCGGGGCGCGGCUCGGCAGCGCGUUUGUCAUCGGCAAGAUUAUCAGCAUUCGCGCCCUGCACUCGUCGGCGGCCUCGUUCUACACGCCGAGUUCGCCCGCGCUGCGGAGACGGCACCAGAGCGGCGGGCGAACCUGUCCCUCCUGCUCCAAGUUCAUCUCGCGCGACUCCUCCACGGCUUCGUCCUUCACCUGCCGGCACUGUGGGGCGACGAGCUCGGUCCCCGCGGGCGCGGCGGCGCCGCGGCGGUCGGAGUCUCUCGAUGCGCGGCCGGGCGGUCGGGGCAAGUCGCUGGGCGAGGGCGCUGGGCCCGACGGGGGCGCGACCGCGGUCGGAGCCCAGGGGACAGCAGAGGCGCCGGGGGAGACAGGCGAACGCGAGAAGGAGAAGACGCAGGGCAGGGGCCGGGGGCCGGCGCGCGAGGAAGAGAAGGAGAAGGCCUCGCACAAAGGCAACUACGUCACCCUGGUGCCGGAGACCGACGCGCCAGACCAGUAUGAGUACUACAUCCACUACCGGCACACGAACCGGCGCCUGGAUAUCUGGUUGAGGUUCAGCGAUUUGCGACCAGUCACGCAGAGCGGGGAAAUCCUUGACUUCGAGGAGGGCGACGCCGAGAGGCGCGCGCGCCUGAAGAGCCGAGAGGGCGGCGCUGCCGGACGCCGCAGGAAGCGGCGCAGAGACAGCGACUCGUGGGGCGAGCUCUUCUCGGGGAGCAGCUCCGCAGAGGAGUGGUCAAACGAAGACGAAAGUUCCGAGGACGAAGGCGACACCUGGGAGGAGCAGAUGGAAAAACUCGCAAAGUUCCACCCCUCCGUCCACUUCUCAGACCACGACGAAGAAGCCGCGGAGGAGCACGAAGGCAUGGACCUGGCGACUCUGCAGGCGCACGAGGAGGCAACCAAGAUCAAGACCAUUCGACAGAUUCACUUUGGGCGAUUCCUGCUGCAGACUUGGUACUUCUCUCCGUACCCUGCUCACGUUCAGGACGCGGAGGUCCUCCACGUCUGCGAGUUCUGUCUUUCCUUCUUCCGCUACGACUCGGAGCUCGCGACCCACGCCACCCGCUGCGUCCUCAGGCACCCGCCCGGAGACGAAAUCUACCGCGCUGGAAGGCUUUCCGUGUUCGAAGUCGACGGCAGCGUCUCGCGCGUGUAUAGCGAGAACCUGUGCUUCCUCGCGAAGCUCUUUCUUGAUCACAAGACGCUGCAGUACGACGUCGAGCCCUUUCUCUUCUACGUCCUCACCGAGGCUGACGAGGCGGGCUGUCAUUUGAUCGGCUACUUUUCCAAGGAGAAGAUUUCUUUGCAGGCAUACAACCUCGCAUGCAUCUUGACGCUUCCGCAGCACCAGCGGAAGGGCUACGGGCGCUUUCUCAUAUCGUUCUCCUACCUGCUUUCGCUGCGCGAGAAGAAGAAGGGCGGUCCAGAGCGGCCGCUGAGCGACCUGGGCAGGCUCAGCUACCUCGGUUGGUGGACGUGGUGUCUUCUCACCCACCUCGAGAGCGACGCGCAGAAGAAAAAGCGGAAAAUCUCCAUCGAGGACUUGGUGCGGAGCACGGCCGUCCGCGAGGAAGACAUUCAGCGCACACUGGAGGAAAUCGGCGUCCUCAGAUACGUCCAGGGCCACCAUCUGCUUCUUCUGCACCCCGAACUCGUCAAGGCACGCCUCAAAGAGGCGGGCUCCGCGGGCGUGUUGGUCCAUGGCGAGCACCUGCGCUUCGUCGCUUACCACCGGACGCCGCCAGCCGCCCGCGAGGCUCUGCCGCGCCCGCGCCCGGACGACGACUAG